AUGAGCGCAGCAACUGCAGGCUUAUUCGCCCCCUCUGCCACCACCGGCACAACCACCCGCACCACGACUCCUGCUGCUGCUGCUGCAACCACACGGCCAGCAGGACCCGCAACAGCAACAACAGCAGCAGCGGCAAGCACCGCCGUGCCUGAGCUUCCGUCCCUGCCAUCCCUCCCGUCCGGUCGCCCCAUGCUUCGACCCCAGCAGCAGCAGCAGCAGCUCCAGCGCCAGGAGCUACCUACCACCACCACCACUCUCCCCUCCUCCCAACCUCUCUCCCAACCCGUCGCGCAGCCGCUCGCGCAGCCUCGCUCCACCUCCCAGCCGCAGACCCUGGCACAGACACAAACCCAGGCGCGUGUGCUGCCGCGGUACCCGGUGCUGCUGUCCCACGCCAUGUUUAUGUCCAGCGAUCUCUGGUUCGCCUUCUCCAACCAGAGCGCCUCCGACCCGCUCAUUCACAAGCGCGUGCCCGUGGGGCUGUGCAACCGCGGGUUUGACGUGUUCCUGCUCAACCACCGCUCCACUGAGUUCUCCCCGGGUCAUGUCGCCUACAACACCCGCCAGUGGCAAUACUGGGACUGGGACUUCGACCAGCUCGCCACAAUUGACAUUCCAUCAGCGAUCGAGCUCGUGCUGGGAGUGACAGGCGCGCCCAAGGUGCAUCUGCUGGGAUUCAACGAGGGGGGCAUGCUGCCCUUCGCCCUGGGCAGCACGUCCCCGCGCUACCUCGAGCGUGUCACUGCCUCCGUGGCGUCUGUCGCGCCAACGGUUUUCUUUCAGAAUGUCAAGUCACCUGUGCUUCGCCAGUGGGCACUCGGCCCCUCGCCUGACGCUGCCGUCUACCAAGCUCAUCUCCUGUACGGCGCCUACAAUGUCUCUGCCACGGAGAUCCUAUCGGGCAUACUGGAGGCGGUGGGGUACAACAUGCUCACCUACUUUGUCACCACGGGCGACCCCCAGGACCUGCUCACCAACAUCACAGGCAACCCAUGCUGCACGGAUCCUAUGGAGCCUCCUGCAGCCCCCACACCCGGGUGGAUUGCCACUUCGUAUCGCAACCUCAUUCACUACCAGCAGCUGAUCCGCAACGGUCUCUUCCAGCAGUGGGAUGCACUCAGUGCGCAAGCCAACAUGGACCGCUACAGCGCUGUCUCCCCUCCCAUGUACUACCUAUCUAACAUGCCUGCGGGGGUACCCAUUCUCAUUAUGACUGGAGGUAACGACUGGUUUGCAGACCCACCCAACAUCCAGAAGCUACUAUCGCAGCUCACACCUGCAAGCACCACCAGCGCAAGUUCUACCGGUGCUGCUGGUCCUACCGUGACUCAUUUGGAGCUGCCUCGUUACUCUCACCUUGACUUGCUGCUGAGCGACACUGCAGUGCAGGAUGUCCAUGUUCCGCUAAUUGAGUACCUCGAGACAGGCUACUUGGGCGGAUAA